GCCGAGUUCAUACAAUACUACUGAGACAUCCACAGCUUAGCAGACAGAUACGGUGAACCGCCUAUCCCGGCUCCUGUAAGUGAUGCUGCACAGAGGCACACUUUGAUCCAACUCCACUGGGGGGGUUUGAUGCGCUCUCCGCAUCCCUCAUUUAAGAGUUUUCUGGGGAAGCGUGYGCAACCUACAUCCAGUCUAAAAACAAGUGACUGCUUCAUGAAUUAGGCUUAUUAGAAGUAUUUUUUUUGUCUGAUUAUUAUUGGUGCUCUUGGAUUGACGUCUGAAUAAUCGCGCAAAGAAAAAAAAGGCGCACGUGAAAAUUGCUGCACAUUUCAAGGCAGUUUCGGUUAGGGAUUUAAAAAAAAAAGUUUAUGUUAAACAAGCUUGGAUCACUGCGCAUUUUUCCGACUGUGGGAUUGAGAGUCAAAGACAUCGGAAGAAGAGGAAGUACAGUCGAUUUUUUCUUAUUUUUUAAACAAACUUGGUUUUUUUUUUUAAUUUCCUCCUUAUUCAGUCGAGGAUCCGCAUUUUCCCCCCCAGCACAUGGAUAAGUUUUUGUAGUGGAUAACACCUUUUUUCCCCCUACAACCUUCCCUCUACUUCGGUUCUUUCCCUGCCGUCUCUAGAUGAGGAGCCUUCCUCCCCGUUUCCCCCACUUCAGCUUCAUUCAUGGCACUUCGUUUUUUCUCUAAAUCACAGAUGUCUGUUCGCGACGGCACUCGCGGCUGAAUUCCCCAUCAUUUCAAGCAGAGAAGAGUGAAUCGCCGCAGUAGACGUGAAGCUCCCAUCGAGUUUUGAGUAUGAACUUGGCAAGUCGGGUGCAUGCACUGGUGAUCUUGCUGACCUGUUUGGUCUUACUAUGCAAGGCCCAGGAGAGGGACUACAUCGUGAAGGAGGAGCAGCCAGAGAAUGUCCGCAUUGGGAAUCUGCGCAAGGACCUCGACCUCCAUCUCGACCCUAACAUCAGGCUAUCAUCGCCGCUGCAGUUUAAGCCUGUGUACAAAACGGGCGACGUGCCUUUGGUGAGGGUGGAGGCCAACACGGGGGAGAUUUUUACCACCAGUCACAGAAUUGACCGGGAGAAGCUGUGCUCAGGGGUCUUCAACGAGAAACGCUGCUACUACGAGAUCGAGGUGGCUGUGCUGCCCGACGAGAUCUUCAGAUUGGUUAAGAUUCGUUUCCUGAUCGAGGACGUCAACGACAAUGCGCCCCUUUUUCAAUCCACUGUUAUAAACAUCUCAAUCCCAGAGAACACAGCCAUCAACACCCGAUACCCGGUGCCAUCGGCCUUUGACCCUGACGUGGGGAUAAAUGGAAUUCAACAUUAUGAGCUGGUCAAGAGUGUCAAUGAGUUUGGCUUAGACAUCAUUGAGACCCCUGAAGGAGACAAGUGGCCUCAACUCAUCGUUCAGCAGAACCUUGAUCGGGAGCAAAAAGACACCUUUGUAAUGAAGAUCAAGGUGGAGGAUGGUGGCAGCCCUCCCAAGUCCAGCACUGCUAUUCUCCAAGUUACCAUCUCAGAUGUUAAUGACAAUCGCCCUAUCUUCAAGGACAGUGAGCUGGAGGUCUCAGUGCCAGAGAAUGCUCCAAUGGGGACAUCUGUCGCACAGCUWCAUGCCACAGAUGCAGACUUGGGUCCCAACGCACAAAUCCACUUUGCUUUCAGCAGCCAGGUCUCCUUCUCAACCAAACGCCACUUUGCUAUCAACAGUUCUACUGGGCUGAUCACUGUGAAGCAACCGUUGGACAGAGAGGUAACGCCUGUUCAUAAACUCAUCGUCCUCGCAAGUGAUGGCAGCUCAAGUCCAUCCAGAGCUACAGUGAUUGUUAAUGUCACCGAUGUCAAUGACAAUGUGCCCUCCAUAGACACUCGCUACAUCAUCAACCUUGUAAAUGGGACUGUUCUGCUCUCGGAGAAUGCACCUCUCAACACAAAAAUAGCCCUUAUAACUGUAACUGACAAGGAUGCAGAUCUCUACGGCAAAGUGGCUUGCUACACCGACCAUGAUGUUCCUUUCCGGUUAAAGCCAGUCUUUAAUGAUCAGUUUUUACUAGAGACAGCUGCUCCUCUUGAUUAUGAGACAACCCGAGAAUAUGCUAUUAAGAUCGUGGCCUCAGAUAGAGGGACACCUCCUUUAAAUACUUCAGCUAUGGUUCUAAUUAAAAUCAAGGAUGAGAAUGACAAUUCACCUAUCUUUCCCCAGCCUGAAAUUCAGCUUUCCAUACCAGAGAACAAUGACCCUUCAACACAGUUAAUAAAAAUCAGUGCCACAGAUGCGGAUAGUGGACAUAAUGCUGAGAUUAUUUACACCCUUGGCCCUGAUGCACCUGAUGGGUUUAAUGUGGACAGACAGUCAGGAAUUCUCUCUGUUGGGAAGCGACUAGACAGAGAGAAACACGAGAGGUACUCAUUCACUGUCAUUGCAAGAGACAAUGGUUCAACCCCCCUACAGAGCAAUGUCACYGUUAGGCUAAUUGUCCAGGACCUUAAUGACAACAGCCCAGCUUUCACACACCCUGAGUACAACUUCUAUGUGCCUGAGAACCUGCCUCUCUAUGGCACUGUUGGUUUAAUCACAGUGACUGAUUCAGAUGCAGGAGAUAAUGCUGUUAUAACCCUAUCCAUUUUGAAYGGGAAAGACAAUUUCAUCAUUGACCCACAAACUGGUGUGAUUAAACCUAACAUCACUUUUGACAGGGAGCAGCAAAGCUCCUACACAUUUAUGGUCAAAGCAGUUGAUGGAGGGCAGCCUCCCAGCACGUCUUAUGCCAAGGUCACUAUUAAUGUAGUAGAUGUGAAUGACAAUCGCCCUGUAUUUGUCAUUCCUUCCUCCAAUUACUCAUAUGACCUAGUACGGACCACUACCAACCCYGGUUCUGUGGUCACCCGAGUGUUUGCCAUAGACAAUGACACAGGUAUGAACGCUGAGCUGCAUUAUAGUAUUAUCAGUAGCAUCAUCAUCACAUCUAGGGUCUCCCCUCGAGGUCUCUUUUCCAUUGACAAAACAACGGGUAACAUAACGUUGCAAGAGAAAAUAGUAUUGGCUGAUCAGGGACUGCAUAGGCUGGUAGUCAAGGUUAAAGAUUUAGGCCAGCCUGAGUCAUUACAUGCUAUCACUCUUGUUCACYUGUUUGUCAAUGACACUGUGUCAAAUGCUACCUUUAUCCAAGAGCAGCUGCGGAGAAGUAUGGAAACACCRUUGGAUCGUAACAUAGGGGACAACGAGGUAACACCUCAAGCUAAUGGAUAUGUAAUUGUUGUAAUUGCUAUUAUAGCAGGAACCAUGACUGUCAUCUUGGUGAUAUUUGUCACUGCCUUGGUGCGAUGCCGGCAGACACCCAGACAGAAAGUAGUUCAGAAGGGCAAGCAGAGUGGAGAGUGGGUGUCACCCAACCAAGAAAAUCGUCAGAUCAAGAAGAAGAAGAAGAGAAAGAAGCGAUCUCCCAAGAGCCUUCUCUUGAACUUUGUGACUAUAGAUGAAUCCAAGCCUGAAGACCCCACACAUGAGCACGUUAAUGGUACACUGGAUCUCCCUGUGGAGCUGGAAGAGCAAACAAUGGGAAAGUAUAAUUGGGCGACCACACCCACGACCUUCAAACCUGACAGCCCAGAUUUAGCCAAGCAUUACAAGUCGGCAUCCCCUCAGCCUACAUUUCAAAUCAAACCAGAAACUCCUGUGGCCCCUAAGAAACAUCACGUGAUCCAGGAGCUCCCAUUGGACAACACAUUUGUGGUGGGCUGUGACUCACUCUCCAAGUGUUCAUCGACUAGCUCCGACCCGUACAGUGUCUCAGAGUGCGGCUGUCAGGGGGGAUUCAAGACUGCGGGGCAAAUCACCACCCGGCAGAUGGUGGACAUCAUCAAUAAAUUCAAGAACAUUAGCCAAACAACGGAGAAGGCUUUUAGCUCACCGCCACUCAUUUGUCCUCAUGAGGAGGCCUGUCAACUUGGCAAGAUAACGUCUGUGAAUACUCAGCGCCGCGUGACCUUCCAUCUUCCAGAUGGCUCUCAGGAGAGUUGUAGCGACAGCGGGCUGGGGGACCCGGAGCCCAGCAGCGCAGCCAGUAACACCCAGCCGCUCCCCCUCAGCUUCCCCCAGGAGGAGUACUACGAGCAGACGUCACCAAACAGCCGCACCGAGGGAGACGGAAACUCAGACCCAGAGUCUACUAUUGAGGUGAACCUGCAAAAAGCCCUGGCUGAAGCCUCCGAGACCUGCACCCAGGAGUGUCUAAUACUGGGCCACUCUGACAGCUGCUGGAUGCCCCCGAGCUUGGCCCAGUUCCAGAGUCCUGGCAGCAACAGCCCCGCAUGCACCCCUACCGCCACCACCAUCACCGCCACGCUCCCCUCCUUCGGCUUCCAGCAGAGCUGCGCRCAGGGAAUGAAAGCUAACAUGGGGGUCAUGGACGGCCGCCACACGCUGGGCAGGUCCGUGCCCAAAAAAGACGAACUGGACAGGGGCUUCAGCCGGCCGCAGUUCUACAACACCCUGGAUAGACACUGCAGCGGUAAGAAGGAGGACCCGGUCAAGGUCAUCCCGCUGGCGAGCUUCUCCUCACCAGGGCAGCACACGCCCACCGGCGGUGGCAGCAGCGCUUUCUUACACGAGCACCAGUUGUAAUUCCUAAAGACAGCUCCUCACUGGCCUGACCUACAGUGAAAAUCAAACUCCAUCCAGAGACGCUCAUGGCUUCACGAUUGGACUACACGUGGGAUGCAUCGUUUAAAUAACUUUUAUCAAACUCAGUUGUAUCAAAGAAGACACCUUGAAAUGAAUGAGACCAGGACAAUGUUAUUCAGACAAAAACAGAUGGAAUCRGAGUGACUGCUUAAAGGGAGUUCGUAUUUUUUGAAGUGGAGUUUAAAUAAAGGUUCAUACUUUAACAAUUGUAGAUAGCUUUUUAAAGGAGGGGGCUUUCUGCAAAAUGGACAUUUUUGAGCUUUAUAUCAUGUUAUGUCACUCUCAGAUCAAAAACAUAACCAGAGUGUUGCUCUGACUCAUUUAUGCAUGUAUGAGAAAUACUUGAAUCUGCUGUGGUAGCUAUUUGGAGACACAYUUGUUGGYACAAAGCACCGCCUAUUUACGCAACGCUCCUCCCUGGAGCUCAGUCUGCAGCCAAGCGCCCCUUGUUGCUUCACAUGGUUAUGAAGACGUGCUGAAGUGGGAACRUCGAAAAUUGUAAGAGGUUCUUAAAGAGACAGCGGCCAUUUUCAAGSUUUAUAUAAACUAUGAUGUCAAAUUUAUUUUUGAUAUAUACAGYGUUUUCAACUGAAGGUAACAUAGUUGCUUGAUUGGGGUAUAGAAUCAAACUAUGUGCAUGGAAAAUACAUAUUUAAACAAGAGAGAAAAUUGUUCACUUCUGACCAGAUUGAUGAGUAAACUGUUAAUCAAAGCAGAUUUAUAAAAUAGUGUUUACAUAUAACCUACAAGGACUUUUUGAGAUUGAAGAUUGGCCACGCUUGGACUAGUUAGAAAGGAAAGCUGUACUAUCACAAUUGGAGAAAUAAAAGAGUGUUCUACAGGAAGUCAUAACCUUUCUACAAAACUCCACUUCAAAAGUCUAAACUAUUGCUUUGAGUGUUCAAAAGGAAAUGUGAGUGUCUACUCAUCAGACUCGUGUAAAAUAAAUAAAGAGUAGUUCUAUACCAAAGUAGAUGCAUUACAGGAGAAAAAAACACAAUGCUUUCUGUUUGAUGUCUGCUUAGUGUUAAGCAAAGGGCACUGUACACUUUAAGCUUAAUGGGCCUAGCUUACUGAGACUGCAUUCUAAAAGAUCAUUUCCUGGCACAGAAACAAAUGCAAAUGCAGUACUUUGUGUUAUGAGUGAGCUAAACUGGGCUAAAUGUUAAUUAUGAGCUCUGGGCUGGUGCUGUUUCAGUUCAAGUUCUAGUGAAGCAUUGYGCUUUAUAACAAGUGUAAUAUACUCCUCUUUGGCACUGAAAGAUGUUUUCCUUGAACGUGUUUCAGAAGUCUAUUUUGGUCAGGGGACUGCAGAAGGGUUAAAAAGGAGAAGAAAGAAGAAGAAGAACAUCUACAAAGCAAAACUAGGCCAAUAGUAGACAGCAACACAUCUUUAUCUUUUGCACUCUACAUUUUCAUCACGGACCAGUACACAACAAAGAAAAAAAUCCCGAAAUAACCCAAACCCUCRCUCCUGCACACAUGCAUACUCAUGAUGUUUUUCCAUAUGGUGAUUGCUCAAACUCUGCCAACUCUAUUAGGAAAAUCUUCACUCCUUGCAUUAUCUCAAUAGUUUAGUCCUGAAAGGCACAGACAGAAGUGUUUUUGAAAUGUAGCUUUUGUUUUCUGGCUUUGUUUUUUUCUUUAAAAAAAACAAUGCUCAGAAAAUCUAUAGCAAUUGAACUGAUUGUGAAUUUCUCCCAUCAAACUACUGUGAUGGGCGAUUCGGUAGCAAACCUUUUGUGCUUAGGAACUUUAAAGUGAGUUUGUUGCUAAUAAAUAAAAAGAUUGCUGUACAUACAAGUGCAUAAAAAAUAUGACAAAAUUUCAAAGACACUGCUUUUGUUCUUUACAAAUUAUAAACACCUCCGUUCCAGCUUUUAAUACUUACUGUGGGUUGCAAAGUCUUGAUGUUUCUAAAGCAUCCGGAGUCUAACAAAUGUAUUUUUUUAGUGUUAUUUUUUGCACCGAUCAUUAGAAUCAACUUUAGAAAUCGUUGAGAGUCCCUUCACAUGUUUGYACAUGGAAAACAGCAUCACUGCCACAACAAGCAAAUUCUUUUGAUUAUAAUAACCACUUCAGACUUGCUUGCCUUCGUAACAGAUUGGGUACAGUAUAAUGUAUUGCCACAACAAUAGGUGACUUUGCUGAAAUCCAUUUUUCUUUCUUGUUACACCUAAGCCAGGUGUCUACAUCAUCAGGUAUAUGAGUCAUGAGAUUCAUUUUCUAGUACCAUCUUGCAAAUUGGGACCAGGCCUAAAUCUAUAAUGUGAUGCGAGAUUCCCGGGGGGAAGGUGAGGGGCAAAUUGUGUUUGUAUGUUCUUAGCUAUUUCAUUUUCUCACAUAAUGCCUCUUCUUAACAGUAUAAAGGGGAAUUUAUCUGAUAUUGGCUGAAAUUAUCUUUUAAGGGAGCAGUGUGUCAAGGACAAAGAUAGGGCAGUUCAAUUUCACCUCCGUCACUUAUGAUAAUGAGCUGGACUCAAAGCAGGCAACUUAAAUAAACUCUGGUGUAAACAUCCAUUUAAUAAAAACGUCCCUGUUUCAAAAUCCAAUUUCAGCUCAUUUACUAAUACUUUUAGUCGCUCACACACACCCCACCCCCCUCCCUUGUCAUCUCCUUUCAUUGUUUUAGGACAUGARCUGGUAUCCACGAUACAUUUUUAAUCAAAAGGAGCACAUAUCAAAAGGAACAUACAUCACAUUGUCAGAGAAAAUUGGAAUUUCAUCACUUUGCCAAAUGCAGAUUCGACUUUUCAUAUCCGACACUCUUGUUAUGUGAUCCURAAGCUGCCUCAAAAUCCUUUAGAUCUCCCUAAGAACGACGAAACUGAGAUAUAACAUUUUUUUGUUAUUUGAAGACGUGUUGUGCGUUAACUACAGCAGGUAGUUGCAUUGUCUGAUGGUAAAUACAUAGGUGACCUAAUGUUGCCUCUUCUGUGUCACACAAGAGGAACUAUAUGUGAAAUUUGUAUAGAAUGAUCCACACUGUCCAACUACUCUCUCCAAUCACAAAUGUACAGUAAGGACAGACUUAUUCCUCUGUAACCCACAUUGUGUUACAGAUUACCUACAUUAAUUACUUUGUGCUGCAGAAAGGACAUAUUUAAAAGAGAGCACUAUAAAAUACCUGCAUGAAUGUUUACCACUAGGAUGUGGUUUUGAAUCUGAUUUUUACUCUUUUUUUCAUGAAAACCAAGUUUACAUUUUAUUUUCGCACUUCUUACAUAKAAGUGUAAUAUUUGCUCAUUUUCAGAACAGCAAACAUAUCAUUURAAUGUCUGUUAUCAUUAUUUUCUGAUAUGAGGUUGCUCUGAGUGGCUGCUUUAAUUGUGUCAUAAUGAUUACAUCUCAAGAAGUGUUGGAAAAAAGACCAAACUGUUAGUGAUCCCUUCGCAUGCAGUCGAGUGUGAUUUAGAUUUUUGUUUUUCAUUUCUUCUGCACCAUUCAAAGAGGGGCGAAUGCCAAUUUCUUUUUUUUUUAUUGUUUUUAUUAUUAUUUUAAGUUUGUCAAAAAUGAUGUUUUCAACUCAGUGUUGUACAUUUGCAUGAACUGUUUGGACUUUGACGAGUCGACACUGGACUGCGUGUUUCAAUCAUCCACAUAGAUCGAAAUGAUGUCAAUGUCAAGAUUUACUGCUUUUCAUCUGUCAAAUGAAAGAAAACCAAUGUGACCCAGUGUACACGUUUAAUAUGAACUGGUCGUAACAUCUUAAACCUCUUCUCAUUCACUAAUAUCAGAUAUCUAUACUGUCAGGUAAUCUGGAUUUUAAACUGUAUAUAGCAGUACCCCGAAGAACAGAUGAAAAUGGUGAAACAUUUUAAAAGACACGGCGCGAGAACUGGAAUUCACAAUGUUCACAAUAAGCAAAAAGGGAAAACAUAAGAAGUGAUGAGAUGACAAUCUCUGUUGUAAUGUAAAUGAAUACUUAUGCAUWAUACUGAUGAGAGUGUGUGUGCAAAUGUGUUUAUAGGUGAUGUAAGUUUGCAAGAGAGAGCCAGAGCAUCUCCUUGCAUGUAUGUAUGUAUGUGUGUGUGCGUCUGUGGACGUGAGCUGGCGUGCACCUUGCCAGACAAUUUUCUGUACACAAAUGUAUCUUGUACAAAAUAAAUAUGAAAAAAACAAUAGAAAUUUUAGCUAAACGCUUGUAAAAUAGUCAUCUGUGUGUCAAGUUUGCUUUGAGAGAAGGCUUCAGUGCUUGCCAGCAAAUUUGUAUUAAAGCUAUACAGUCUGUGUUGUCAUGCCUUUGUAAGGUAUCCCACUUAAUUCAAUGAAAAAAAAGAUACUCCAUAUGGUAAAAUGAUUUUUCAUGUCAUUGRAUUUUAAUUAAACCAUUAAAUAUUGAGACCUCAAACGA